AUGGACAUUACUCCACCACGACCUAUCAAGCCAUGCGAAUAUGCUAUUUCUACCGGAUCACCAAAGAAGCCGCACUACUGCGAUUCGUUUACGCGGGAGCGAACUAGAAGAAAUGAUUGGGACGAAGCCAUCGUCCGCGACCGGCCGUGCAUUCCAUGCUAUAAGAGACACCUUCAGAUGAGCCUAGAUUUGGAUUGGUACUCUCUCAUGCGACAAGUCAUACGCGUAAUUACCGACGAAGAGUACGAGGCUUACAGAGCUUACCGGAUGAAAAUCUUCGAAGAGUACUAUUACUGGGAUUGGCAGCGAUUGCAUGCAAACCUGCUCGAUGACUGCCGGGUAGACAUACAAGCUAAAUAUGGCCUUGUGACGAGAGGAAGCACCGGAGAAGACGGGAAAUCACCUAAGGACUCGGCGCAGAAGGAGGGUUAUAGGUCCACUCAAUACUAUCCUCGACACGAACAUGCAUCAACAAAUACAUAA